AUGGAAGGAGUACUACAAUAAAGUUAAGGAGUUAUUUUUAGUACAUUGAGGCAUUACAGAAUUGAUUCAAUGAGUUAAACUCUAAAUAUUUAUGAUCGGAAUUUAUGUUUGAAAGAUCAUCCAACCAUACAAGGAAUUGCUAAAACUACACAAUACCUAUUGGGUCUAUGGAGGUCAUAAGGGAAUCUUUAUAUAUGGAAAUCAAUUGUUAAAUUAAAAUAUUCAAUCAUAGAAUUAACAUAUCCAUAAACUAUUGCAGAAAUUUUCAAGUAUGAUAGAUGCAAUUUCACUGAAAUUAUAUGUAUAUAGCUAAAAAGAGAUUGAUCAAUUAAAAAAUGAAGUGGGGAGUGUGGAGAGAGUCUUAUUAGUAUACUCAUUUUAGACAUCUAUUAUACCUUUUGAAAUGAAUAAAUUGAUGAAGUAGUGUGCUUUAAGAAUACAAUAACAUGCUAUGACUAAUUAGACAUACUUAUACACAAUAAAUGAUUAUGAGUAAGUUGGUGAAACCAUUAUUUUAGUAUUUAUUGAUAUAAAUUAUUUUAAUCCAUGUAGUAGAAUACCAGAUUCUUAAUUUAAUACGUUAGUAAAUAUCAAUACAUUUCUGGCAUAUAAUAUUAUGGAAUUCAUAAAUUUUAGAUUUGAAUUAAACUUAAUGAUAGUUCUCAAGUAUCUUACUUUGUCUAACCAAAAGAAAUAAGAAAGAAUACUUACAAAGAACAUCGAAAUCAUUCUAUGA